UCAAAAACGUCCUCAGGCUACAACUAGAAAGAAACAUUAACACGAGACAUUACGGAAGGAUCUCCACCACCCCAAUGACUGCAUUGAACCACAUCUCCGGGUUGCCUUGCCUGGUUCUGAGGCUCUUCCUUCUCCUGGGAAUCCCUGGGGCCAGCAGCCAGGAGCUGGAAGUGCUGCAGACUCCGGGCCCUGUGUCAAUCUCCACAGGAGAGACCCUCACUCUGAACUGCACGUUGAUUGGAAGUGCUGUACAAGGAGGGACGAGAUGGUACAAGGGCUGGAACAGAAACCAGACACCCAUUUAUACUGCUAAAGGAGUACCUUCCCUUUGGGUGUCCAGAGUUGCUGCUGGAUCCGACACAGACUUCACCAUCCGUAUCAGCCACAUCCGACCUGAGGAUGCCGGGACCUAUUACUGUGUGAAGUUCAGAAUCCAAGCAGGAGAAGAGAGAGAAUAUAAAUCAGGAGAGGGCACUGAGGUCUUUGUGACAACCCCGCCCUCCCAGCCCUGGAUCAGUCCCCCACCUGGCAGAGUGGAGCCGGGGGCCUCAGUGGCUUUCAACUGCACCUCCGCUGGGUUCUCCCCUCCAGCCAUCACUGUCACCUGGUUGAAGGACGGGAGAGGACUCUCUGCCAGGCAGCCCGUCGUCCUGUUCUCUGGAGUCAGAAUCUCCCAUAAGGUCACGAGCACUGUGGAUGUCCGGCUCUCGGAAAUGGAUGUCAAGUCCCAGCUGACCUGCCAGAUCCAGCACAGCACCUUGAAGGCCCCCUUGCAGCAGACCUUUCUCCUUGGAGAUGUCCUAAGAGUUCCCCCCAGGGUGCAAGUGGAAACAACCAGCCCCCCUCCUCCCAUCCAGCUGAAUGCAAUUGUGACCAUCACCUGCAGUGUGGAUGGAUUUUAUCCCAACGACGUAAGCCUUGUCUGGAUGGAGAAUGGCAAAGAGACGGGUCAAGGAAAGACCAACCCCGUGACCCAAGAUUCGGCUGGCUUGUUCUCCCUCAAGAGUUUCUUGGAGGUGAAUGCAACUGAGCAGAGGAACUUUACGGUGUUCACCUGCCAGGUUAUGCAUGAUUCCCAGCCUCCAGUCAAAGAACGGCUGACACUGAAAAUCGGGGUGCAGCCUGAAGGAUAUGAAAAUGGCAGUUCACUUGGGCCAGAGGAAAGAAAAAUGUCAGUCCUCCUUCUGUGUAUUUUCCUGAACAAGUGUGCAGCUUUUCUUAUCCCUGUAUGCCUUUUUCUGAGGAAAAAAACGUGGCAAGAUUCUUCUGGAACGUACAGAAAGAAGAGUGGCUGAGAGUCCCGGCUAGGACUUCUCUGUGCUUUCUUCUGCUGCCACUUUGCCAUGGCAGGAAACGAGAGCAGGGCCCACCAAGUGGUUUAUACGUGUGUGUUCCCCAAGACCCCCCAAUUAAACCUCCACCUCGG